AUGCCUUUGGCGUCACGACAGUCCACUGUGGACUCAUUUGUUCCACUGACGUCUAGAGAAAGCACAAGAUAUCCUGGAACUCCCAGGGUAACCACCACUGCAACCAGCAUUGCAUCGCAGGACAUUGUUUGCGCGGUGAGUGAGUCGCGGGGCGUGUCCUCCACGGUUGGGCUUGCUCUUGUGAAUCUUGCCACGGCAGAGGUGGUUCUAUGUCAGAUCUACGAUAGCCAGACAUAUGUCAAAACUGUUACAAAGAUUGGAGUGUUUGAACCCAGUGAGAUCCUAUUAAUGAACACCGCCAAGGAAUCAAAACUCCGUCAUAUUAUCCAGGAAAACUUGCCCCACCCUAUAUUCACGUUUAUGGACCGCAGGUGCUGGUCAGAUAAAGCGGGGCAUGAAUACUUGGAUCGACUGGCAUUCCCAGACGAAGUAGAGUCCCUAAAGGGGACGAUGGGUGGGAACUAUUUUGCGACAUGUUGCUUUGCUGCGGCACUCAAAUACAUCGAACUUGAGCUCCAGCGUGUUUUUACACCUCACACUCUUCGUAUUCGAUUUGAGCCAUCACAGGAAUCUAUGACCAUCGACCUAGCCACAAUCGUGUCGCUUGAACUCAUCCAAAAUCUGCAAAAUGCGAAGUCUAAAAAUAGCCUAUAUGGCUUGCUGAACGAGACGUUGACACCUAUGGGAGCAAGACUUCUAAGAGCCAACAUCCUGCAACCAUCGACCGAAAGAGUCAAGCUGACAGCAAGAUACAAUGCUGUUGAGGAGCUAUCCACUAACGAGGACAUGUUCAUUUCCGUUCGCCAGUCACUCAGGGGCUUCACAGAUGCGGAGAAAGUUUUGACUUCGAUCAUUGUCGUCCCCACCAAAAGAACAGUUCAAUAUGUAGAACAGUCCGUCAACAAUGUCAUUAUGCUCAAGACCUAUGUUGCUUCAAUCAAGAAGGUGUACCAGGCGCUGGAAGCAGCACAGAGCGAGUUGCUCUUGACAAUCCGGGGGUAUUUAUGUGAUAAAAGAUCCAAGCCACUUGACUUGAGGAAUCAACGAAUUUAUUGUGUGAAGGCCGGUGUCAAUAGCCUGCUCGAUGUGGCCAGGCAGACAUACAAGGAGGCAAACGCGGAUGCAACCGAGCUUGUAACAAAGUUGGGAGAAACCUGCAACAUUCAUUUAGAACUGAAAUACGACACGGCCCGGCAAUAUUACAUCUCUAUCCCCACGGGUGAGCCAGAGCCUCUGCCGGAUAUUUUUAUCAACACUUAUCGCAAGAAGAACCGAACGCAAUGCCAGACCCUCGAUCUAGUCAAACUGAACCAGAAAAUAACAGAUGCCCACAAUGAGGUUAUCAGCAUGAGUGACCAAACCGUGCAAGAACUACUUCGCGAUGUAUGUGUCGACAUAGCCAGCCUUUUUCGUAUCAGCGAGGCAAUUGGAAUGCUUGACCUACUAGCUUCAUUUGCGCAGUUGGCAACUUGCCACGACUACAUUCGCCCCGAAUUGACUGCUACGCUCACCAUCAAAGCCGGACGGCACCCACUGAGGGAACGUAUUCAUUCGAAAAAGUUCAUUCCGAAUGAUGUUUGCGCGACACCUCAGACUAGAUUUCAGAUAAUUACAGGGUGCAACAUGAGUGGAAAGUCGACGUACAUCCGGUCAAUUGCCCUGAUGGUCGUUAUGGCCCAAGUUGGCUGUUUUGUUCCCGCACAAUUUGCCUCAUUUCCAAUCGUACAUCAGCUCUUUGCAAGAAUCGCAACCAGUGACGACCUGGAUGCGAAUGUGUCAACAUUCGCCGCAGAGAUGCGCGAAAUAGCAUUUAUCCUUCGUCAUAUUCAACCGCGCAGCAUGGUACUUGUUGACGAGUUAGGCCGAGGUACAAGUACCACUGACGGACUCGCCAUCGCCGUUGCAGUUGCUGAAGCCUUGAUAGCCAGCAACGCCCUAGUUUGGUUCGCGACACACUUUCACGAUCUUGCUCAGAUAUUAUCAGAGCGCAGUGGAGUCAUCAAUUUGCAUCUAGCCGCAAAUAUAGCUCCAGAUGUAAACAAGAUGACGAUGCUCUACCAAAUUACAAACGGACCCAUGCCUGACCACAAAUAUGGCCUGCAACUAGCAAAGCUGGUCGACCUUCCGCCUGGUGUGGUCAGUGUUGCCAAAACUGUUUCGGAAUCCAUGGAAAUUGUUCGACAGCGCAGAAAUAGUACCACCCGUGCUGUUAUCAUUGCUCGGAAGCGAAAGCUACUUCUUUCCUUGCGUGAACGGCUUUUGCUCGCCCGGAAUGAAUCUGCAGAUGAAGAGUCCCUCAAUUCGCUGUUGACUCAAAUACAAACUGAUUUCAUUUUGAAAAUGACUGCUAUUGACAAGGAAAUGGAGUUGACGGGAGGCCUUGACCAUUUCGACAUUGAAAGACGGGGCCAAGUGUGA